ACCCCUAGUUAUCACACAGUGCAGCUUCUUCUUCAAUUAAGGUUUAUUCUACACUCAAUCAAACGUACACACAGGAAAUAUGAGGCCGAUCUUGAUGAAAGGGCACGAAAGGCCAUUAACGUAUUUGAAGUAUAACAAGGAGGGUGAUCUCCUCUUCUCCUGCGCAUUAGACAGAAACCCCGCUGUUUGGUAUGCGGAUAAUGGAGAGCUUUUAGGCACUUACCGUGGCCACAAUGGGGCUGUCUGGGGUUGUGAUGUUAGUCGGGAUUCGAAACUUUUGAUAACCGCAAGUGCGGAUCGAACAGCGAAGCUAUGGGAUGUUCAAACGGGGUCUGAGCUGUUUACGUUUGAAUUUAGGUCUACUGUGAAAUCAGUUGAAUUUAGUGUUGGAGAUAAGCUUGCUGUUAUUGCAACAGACUCCUUUGGUGAAAUGUCUUCUGCGAUUCAUGUGAAAGAAAUUGUGGGAGAGCCUAGUGAGCAGUGCGGUGAUUCUGUGAUUGAAUUGGCACAGCUUGGAGGGAGAAGUAAUAGAGCUGUUUGGGGGCCGUUGAAUAGGACGAUAAUAAGUGGUGGUGAAGAAGGUGUUGUUCGUGUGUGGGACGUUGAGACGAAGAAAGUGAUUUAUGAGUCGGAUAAGGAGACUGGUCAUCAGAAGGCUGUUACAUCACUUACAAAAUCAAUAGAUGGUUCAUGUUUACUUACUGGUUCCAUCGACGAAUCAGCUAAGCUUUGGGAUAUCAGAUCAAUGAGACUUGUCAGGACAUAUAAGGCUGAAACCCCGGUUAAUGCAGUCACACUCUCUCCACUACUUGAUCAUGUCGUGCUUGGAGGUGGUCAGGAUGCAUCGAGUGUUACAAAUGAUCCUCGUGCUGGCAAGUUUGAGGCCAAAUUUUAUCAUAAGGUCCUUGGAGAAGAAAUUGGAUCUGUGAAAGGACACUUUGGUCCGAUAAAUGCAUUGGCUUUCAACCCUGAUGGAAAAAGUUUCGCAAGUGGAGGUGAAGAUGGUUAUGUGCGAUUACAUCACCUUGAUCAUGACUACUUCCACAUAGCAAUUUGAAUCGAGUUACUUAGUUAGGUUGCUACGUCUUUUUUUUUUCCGGUUUUAGUCGAGUUAUUUUCUGGUUUAUAUGUUGACGUUAUGUUCCUUGUUAUAAACAAAAGUGUGGUUGCAUUUU